AUGUCGAUUGUUGUGGAUAUCAACAAAGUAUCAGAUAUGGAUAUCCAUGACAAAUUGAAGAAGGCGGCUCAAGAUGGGGAUAUAGAAAGACUCUAUGAGUUGAUAACUGAAGAUCCAAACAUUCUAGGUCAUUUUGAUGAAGUUCCUUUUUGUGAGACUCCACUACACAUUGCAGCUGCAGAAGGGCAAACUCAUUUUGCCAUGGAACUAAUGACCCUUAAGCCGUCACUUGCUUCGAAGCUAAACGUGUCAGGUUUCAGUCCGAUGCAUUUAGCCCUGCAAAACAACCAUACGCAAAUCGUGAGAGGGUUUGUGGCAAUCGACAGCAGCUUAGUCAGCAUCAAGGGAAGAGGAAGGAUCACUCCUUUGCAUCAUGUGGCUCGCACGGGUGAUGCAGAGUUGUUGAGUGAGUUCUUGUUUGCUUGUCCUUCUUCGUUAAACGAUUUGACGAUUAAGUGUGAGACAGCUGUGCACAUUACCGUAAAGAACCACCAGUUCAAGGCAUUUAAGGUUCUAUUGGGAUGGGUCAAGAGAGUAAACAAGGAGGAAAUCUUGGAUUGGAAGGAUGAGAAUGGUAACACAGUCUACCAUAUUGCUGCAUCGAUAAAUCAAACUGAGGUCAUUAAGUUGCUGCGUAAAACCGUUAAAGUAAAAGCCAAGAACCUGGAUGGCAAAACCGCGAUGGAUAUACUUCAAAUUCACCAAUCUUCUUGCUUCCCCCAGACAAGAAGACUUUUCUACAGAGCUAAAGAUAUACUACUUUGUAAUCACACAACGACUCUUGUGGAAUAUCUGAGCAGAAAACCGUCGUUUAUGGAGAAACGUAAAACUCUCUUGGGGAUGAGUAACUUGAGCAUGACUAGUGACAUGUCUCUAAACUCCAGCAACCGCCACGAUGCAAUACUUGUGGUGGCUGUACUCAUAGUAACAGCUACAUACCAGGCUGCUCUAAGUCCUCCUGGUGGAUUUUGGCAGGAUAGUUCAUCAGAUACUAAGCAUAACAAUAGCCACGUGGCUGGGCAGAUGACUAUGACUUCCUCCAAUGCCUUGUACUUUAAUGUCCUCAACGGGUUUGCCUUCUUAUCAUCUCUAUAUGUGAUCAUAAUCCUCAUAAUGGGACUCCCCAUGUGGAGGUUAAUCUAUGCUGCAAUGGUGGCUUUAUGUUUCGCAAUGUUAGCAUCAUACAGCACUAUAUUCCCGAUUCUACAUGGCGAUUUCGAAAAGAUAUCAUCGUUAAUCUGCUUCAAUGCAUUCCCUUUGAUUAUCGGAGCCAUCAUGUAUACUACUUUCGUGGCAUUUGCUUUUGAUAAACAUCGCCGGCACGGAGUGGACUUCCCGGCGAGCUGCUUCAGCUCAUAUGAUGCAUGGCAUCAUUAUCUUGUCUUAUUCUGUGGAAUUUGUUUUAUCGGUUUUGUUUUAUCUUUUCUGAAGUUUUAA